CUCCCGUCCAUCCAUCCAUGCAUAGCUGCAACUGAAAGUCCCACACAUCAUCACCGCACCGCCCUUGUUAGCCAUGACCGCUCUCGACUUCAUGCCCGCCGAGAAGGCCCCCAUAGCCGACACCGUCGCUCUCGGCACCGUCACCAACAAUGCCGUCGCCGCUUCCGCCGUGCUGGUGCAGCAGCAGCAGCACAGGAGGCUGGAGGGCAAGGUGGCCAUCGUCACCGGCGGGGCGCGCGGGAUCGGGGAGGCGAUCGUGCGCGCGUUCGUCCGUCAAGGCGCGCGCGUGGUGAUCGCCGACAUCGACGACGCGGCCGGGGAGGCGCUGGCGGCCGCGCUGGGCGGCGCCUGCUGCAGCUACGUGCACUGCGACGUGUCGGUGGAGGCCGACGUGGAGCGCGCCGUCGGGUGCUGCGUGGCGCGGCACGGGCGGCUGGACGUGCUAUGCAACAACGCCGGCGUGCUGGGCCGGCAGGCGCCCCCAGCGAGCAACGGCGCCAGGAGUGGCGGCAUCGCGUCCCUGGACGCCGCCGAGUUUGACCGCGUGCUGCGCGUAAACACGCUCGGCGCGGCCCUCGGCAUGAAGCACGCGGCGCGGGCCAUGCUGCAGCGCCGCGGCGGUGGUGGCGGCGGGAGCAUCGUGUCGGUGGCGAGCGUGGCCGGCGUGCUCGGCGGGAUGGGCCCGCAUGCGUACACGGCGUCGAAGCACGCGCUGGUGGGGCUGACCAAGAACGCGGCCUGCGAGCUCGGGGAGCACGGCAUCCGCGUGAACUGCGUGUCCCCCUUCGGCGUGGCCACGUCAAUGCUGGUGAACGCGUGGCGCCAUGGCCACCAUCGCGAGGCCGAAGAAGGGGGCGCGUCGGCGGCACCGGUGAGCGCGGAGGAGGUGGAGAAGACGGAGGAGAUGGUGCGGGGCAUGGCGACGCUAAAGGGCCCGACGCUGAGGGCGGGGGACAUCGCGGAGGCGGCGCUGUUCCUGGCCAGCGAGGAGUCGAGGUACAUCUCCGGGCACAACCUCGUCGUCGACGGCGGCGUCACCACCUCCAGGAACGUCAUCGGGCUGUGAUGGAUGGUUAAGUCAAACCGAUUGAGAUGUAGUUGGAGCCUUGGAGGGUAGUACGCUCGAGUGUCGCAAUCAAGUACAGCUCCAGUGAGUGGGCCAAGCCGCAUGCAUGAACUGUACUUAAAUUAAUUAUAGGUUGGCACUAGUGGUAAGUAGGAGUAAUUAGCUGCUGGUGUUUAUUCCAUCUGUUUGACCUGAGGCUGGUUGUAAUGGAGAGUAUCAUGCAUAUAUUAGUAUCAUGCAUAUGAUAUUAGUAUAUAAUACUACAUUUUUAAU